UUUUUUUUCUAUUUUCUGUCUUCCAUUCUUCAUUAUACGGUUUCUUUAUAUUAUUUAUUCCAAGGUCCACUGUGUUUCAUUUGUGCUGUAAAGUAAGAAAAAUGAAAAAGUUUUGUUGCCACACACUUAUUGUAAACACAUGAUCUUUGUUCCCAAAUCCUGUUAAAGAAUUCCUGAGCAUAAUAAAUGCUUUGAAUGUUUUCUCUGAAGAAUCCUGGAGCACUGUGAGGUAAAAACUACAGGAAGCUGCUCUCUUCUGCCACCUGUAUGUGUGUCUGCAGAACUGUGUGCUCCUUUUCUGAGAACUACAGUAAAAAUCAGAGAUUUUCUUUAGGAUCAUGUUUUUUUUUCCUUUUUAAUCUUAUAUUUUAAUUCUUUUCAAGCUGAAGGUUGAUCUCAGCAGCAUCUCGUGAUCAGUUCUGGUGUUUAUUUCUUUCAGUUUCAUUCUUUACCGUCACUGAAACUGAACCGCCCUUUUUUCUUUUUUACUUAAAGGAAUGCUAUACAUCUUGUUUUUUAUUUUUUAUUUCACAAGCUGUAUUUAUGACUCAAACCCAGCUCAGGCUUAAAGGACUUACACUUCUUUUUGUCAAAUUAGAUUAAAACACUGUUUUGAAAAGCUGCUCUCCACCCAACAACUACACCAUGAGUCAGCCUGAUGCCGAUCUGCCGUCCCUUCUUUCCACCUUCUGCGUUGGGCUGGUCUCCGCGGCAGCAGGAGGUCUGCUCCUGGGAAGGAGUGCUGUGGUCUUACUCACAUCUCUGGAGCUUCUAGUGAACAACAUAUCCGUCAUGGACAACCUGGACAAAUGCUUUGCAAAUCUAAUGAAAGUUUUGCAGAAGCCUGGAGAACUUUCAUCAGAGAGAAUCAGCAGUGAUCAUGAGUUCAACAUUUUUACAUCCCUGUUCAGUGUUUGGACUUCAUGUCUAGCCCUGGCUGUAGGUUACUAUGUUGGGUCAUCAACAUAUAAAUUGAUCAUAAAAAAAUAUGGUGAAACGGCGAUUGAAAAAGCUGUGACUUUGGCUGGGCCAGUGUGUCUCAUAGGGGUAACCACAGCUGGAUACAUACUGGGCUUUGCUGUGGAGACUUUUCUAUCCAUCGACUUUACUCUCAAUACUAUAUUUGAUGGUUUUUUUUGUAGGAUUUUCCUUAUUUUUCUUGAUUAAAAUUUUCAAAAAAAGACAUCUAUUACUCUCAAACUUUUUACCACCUUUCACGGGUUCAGCAGUUGUCUUAAUUGUAUUUUUAAUUAUCUUUUUAUUUCAAACGAAGAUGACUCUAUGUAUCUCUCUCACUGCACCUUUAGGUAUUUUCUAUUACAUGUCAAAACCCUCUGUUUCAAAAAUCACAUUUCUAUCAAUGUCAGUGAUGUGGAUCGUGAUAGUUGGAUUCUAUGUGCGGCCAAACCCAAUCGCUGAGCUGCCAUUGUCAAACUCCAUCAGCGCCGUGAUCCGAUGCCUUUUCAUCUGGGUUUUAGCCCUUCAGAUGCUGAUGGUUGAAUUUGGGAAAUUGACAUUUAUUUCGUGGGAGAAUGAAGGAGCCGUUAAAAUCUAUGCCAGCUCUGCAGCUUUGGGCGGCAUGGUUCUAAUGGUCGUUGGUUCUGUUCAGCACGUCCUGGGUCCAGGACCAACCAUAGGGGCUCUGGUGGGGGUGGCAGGAGCCGCUGGGGUGUCAUUGGCUGCAGCCGAGGCGGCAACACAGAAGUUUGGAGACGGAAAAAGAUUUUCUCCAGGAAAGUUGGGAGGGAUGUUGGGAUUAGCAGGAGGAGCGUUUUAUUCCUCGUCUUCCCACAGUGGACUGUUGGGCGUCUUCAUGGGCGUCUGCACAGCCACUGCAUGUGCAGUCCGUAAGCCUUUUUUGGACGGUGUACCAUCAGUGAAUAACAAUUUGCUUCAGGCCAUAAUGCGUCAAAUACUAUUUGGGAUAUCAGCUAGUUUGAUUAUUAGGUUAAUCUGCAUGUGGUUUUAUUUUACAUGCACCAUUUUGGGUUUAGUGGCUCUUGUUAAAUUCUCUCAGAUGCCUCUGUUUGCCAUUUUUUCAGUUUGUAUCUUCAGCUUUCCUCAAAUUCUUAAAUCAAAUGAUUAAGAAUUUUUUCCUGACAAAAAAGAGACAAGAACAUGAUUAUCCAAAGAGAAAAAUCCACAAAGGAUUUCAGUAAAAAUAUAUUUAUUUAAAUACGAGGAAAGUUAACAAUUUGUUUAUUUUGGUUCAAUCACAAAUUAUGAUUUGUGGAGAUGCAAUUUGUGUGAAUUCUGGGUCAUAGAACGAGGUCCAGAAUACAAGAGACUGAAAAGAGCUUCCCCUGUAGUGCACUGACCGCUCUGGUGGUUCAACUUGUGGAAGUUUUUUUUUUUUUAAGCCUUUUCUUUUCACAGUAGCUUAUUUUUAAAGUAGAAAGCUUACUUUAUUUUCUAGGAAUCUUUGAAAAAAGAUUAACUUAGAAAGCUUAAAGUCUUGCAAGAUGGUGAAAAGUUUCUGUGUUUCUGUGUGUGGCACUAAACCCUGGAAGUUAAGUAAUGAGCUCAAACAAUGUUCAAGCAUUUAUACAUUCAAGAAAAUGUCUAAGAAACUCUAAUUUCACAAUAUGAAGAUAAGACGAGUUGAAGAUCAACUGGUGUUUGAAUAACUCCAAAUGUGUGAACUUGAAUGUGAUGAAAUAAUCAAAGCUUUUUCAAAUGUAAUCAAUGAGUUUUAUGUUACGUAAUAUGCUGUGAUGAUUACUGAAAAGUUUACAAUCACUAUGGUAUUAAUUUUCUUUACUUGAUCCAAAAUAUGUAGCAAUGAUUACAGGAUUAAUGUAAUUAUGUGUUCUAAAGAUAAUCAAUGAUUAUUAGAUAUUGUGUGAAUCAUUAAUGUUUACUGAAAAUAUAUAAGAAUUCUUUCACAGAAUGAUUAAUAAGAACUCUAUGAUUACUUUAAAACUUGAUCUCAGUGUGUAUUGAUUUAUUUUUCUACAUCAAUAUAACAUUGUAUUUUGAUGAUAAUCAGCGAGUAUUACACAUCUGUUACAUGAUGUUUGAUUGAUGUUACUGUUUACUGAAAUAAUGUUUGAUGAGAUUAAUCAAUAAUCAACAAGAACUUCAAUUUACUAUUGGGAAUUACAAAAAAAUAAAUAAAUAAAAAAGAAAAAGAAAAAAGAAAACA